GACGCAAUUUCUCCUAUACUGCCUGCUGAUUGCGAGUCAGCCAAAUCGUCUCAUGCUCAUUCUGAUGAAGUGGCUCGUCUUCUUGAGGAUAGCCAGACUCCACUAGCUCGCAUUCUGGCAGGCUACUCUUCGAUGUGUUCUCAGCAGUCAUCAUCUCACGCUCUGAAAAACUCAUCAAAUCCUAUCAACUCUUGUCCCAUCAUUAAAGACGUGCUACCCCGCUGGCCUUUAGUAGAGCAAGCAUCGACUGAGAUUUCUUGUCUUCUUGCUGAUGCCAGAAAGUCUCUUGAGGAAAUUCUUCCUCGGGGCUACCAACCUAUAUCUGCCAUUCGCCUACCAGAUCUUCAUCUUACUCGGGAGACUCCUCGCCGCACCCCUAGACGCCAAUCUCAACGUCUCUUCUCUGCUAAUUCUCAGGAGGUCUCCGAGUCUCUUAUGGGUUAUUCACCCAAUAUGGGAGUUUGCGGGGAUUCCAUGGCUUCAUCUGAUUCCGAACUUUCUUCCAGUCAGGAUAGUUGUUCAGCAGAAGAUGAGGAUGGCGAUGACGAAUAUGGUUACUCUUUUGUGACAACGGAUGAAGUCCGAUUGCUCCCAAAGGCUGUAGGUAUCACCAGCAAAGAUGAAAAAAUGUCCAUAUUGCCACCAAAUUUGGACGGUGCUCCGCCUUUAUGUCCUAACUCAAUAAAUUCGAAAGCUCCACCAAUGCUGCUUCUGAUUGGAGAUGGUCUAUGUGAUUCAAAUACACAGAAUCCAGCAAUUAAUGAUGUCAAUAUGUCAUCUAGCGCACACCCUAUUUCAGGCGAAGCAUUGUAUUCUAUUGACCCACCUGAUGGAUUUUCUCGCUCAAUCCGUCCUUCACGCGCUUUAUCUACUGCAGUUAAUUCAUCCGGAAUGGGGGUUACACCACUCAUCACCAACUGUUCCUCCACUGGU